AUGGUUGCAAUUCAAGAGCUAGGUCUGCAAUAUCUGUGGGUCGACUACGUCUGUGUCGAUCAGCACGACCACUCAUCAAAGCAUGAACAGAUCAGAAUCAUGGGCAGCAUUUAUGGCGGUGCAUAUGUGACAUUGGUUGUUCCUCAUAGCAAAUCUGCCGUAGAGGGAAUACCGCGUGUAGGAGAGUCUGCCGCAUUUGUUCACCAAGCACAUGUCAGUAUCGGCCGAGGCAAUGAGAUUGUCUCGCGUCUACCAUCCUUAAGGACCGAGAUGGGAAGCUCUCCCCAUGCACAACGUGCUUGGACUUAUCAGGAGAUACUCCUUUCCCGGCGUAAGCUAAUUUUCACAAAACAUCAAGUCCACUUUAGCUGCCGGAAGAUGAUGCAGUGCGAGUCUAUAUUCGAGAAUGGCCGAUUUGACGAUGAAGAGGCUAGUGGAGGCUUUGGUAUGGACAACGCGGCCACCAAAAUAUUGGAUGGAACAUCGGAAAACUCAGAUUGGCGUGGUAUAUAUGACAAAAUGGUUCUUGAAUAUGCCGUUCGGAAGAUGUCGUUCGAGAAUGAUGCCUUAAAUGCCAUCUCCGGUAUCUUGUCACGCCUUCAGCGUACGAUAUACCCCAAAGGUUUUGCAUAUGGAUUGCCCCGAGACGAAUUUCGGAAAAGGCUCUGCUGGAUCCAGCAAAGCGACAGGUUUGAAUACGAUGAACAAUCUCUCAAGCGACGCUUUGGUUUCCCUAGCUGGUCCUGGCUUGGAUGGGUGUGGGAGAUGGAAUCUUCACCUAGCUGGUGGUAUGAGCACGAUGACAAGACCAACUACUGUCCAUAUUGCUGUUUGAUUCAGCCACCCCUGCUCAUCCGACUUGGGCCGGAUGAUGAGGUCGACUGUGCGAAUGACAACGUCUGUGAGACGACUAGAACUGUGUUCACGGGCCGGGAUGCAAUACGAAGAAUGCAAUUCCUCCAGCAUCUGUACCAAACAGGCAGGAUGAAAGGCAACACUGAAAAACGCCGAUUCGACCCGUUUACUGAAGUAUGUGAAACUAUGGUCCAGGUAUUUGCCUUCCUUCGGUCUCUGCAUCGGUCGGACAGGAUGCCUGGUGGCAAUACGCAAAGGCAAGUCGAUGGUUUGGCCGAAAUAUGUGGAGUCAUCGUCCAGAUAUCUGUUAUUUUGAGGCAGCGAGCAGGCAAGAGAUACAAUUUCACCGACGGAUUCCAGGUACUGCCUCACGUGUAUGACAGCCUCAAUCUGAAAGACUGUGAAGCAAGAGCUCGAGCUCCUAGACUCCGCGCAUAUCUUGACGGUCCCAUCCGCGACGUGGUGUCUCAGCAAGACGUCUGCACGGAGGUGGACUGCCUUUUAGUGGCAUGGAGGGUCGGUGUUAAGGCUCAAGCAGACGGGUGCCCGGUGUUUGAUGAUUCUGAUUCUGACAUGGCUGAACUUGCUGAGCAGUUAAGGGAGAUGGACACGGCAGCCCCGGAGUCUUCGAGACGCGUGGAAUUGUCUUUGUUGCUCUUGAAGUGGCGAGAUGGGGUGGCAUAUCGGGCUGGCUUCGUCACGCUCACGCUCGAUGCGGAGGAACUGUUCAGGAAUCUGGAGCACUUGAAUCCGGUAUGGACACGUUUCGUUAUGGGUUGA